UUCAAAAUGGCUUCCCUAGAGCGACCGGUUUGUCAAAUCUUCUCUUUUCAGGACUGCAAAACCUCUCCCGACCCGAUUUUUGAGCUUCCUGCCCAGUGUCUGACCCCUACAUCGGCCCCGAUAGUGAUAGAUAACGGCUCCUUCCAAACCCGGGCCGGCUGGGGGGCUCCAGUGGCGGAGUUUGCCUCUCCGCGCCUGCUCUUCAGGUCGGUGGCGGCGCGCAGCAGAGGAGCCGCUCGCAGCGAGACCCAGAUCGGUAAUGACAUCACUAACCUGGAGCCGCUGCGGUGGCUGCUGAAGAGCCAGUUCGACCGAAACGUGGUGGUCAACUUCGAGAUUCAGGAACUCAUCUUCGACUAUGUGUUUACACACCUGGGCGUCGCCUCUGAGGGCAGCGUGGAGCACCCCAUGGUGCUAACAGAGGCACCAUGUAACCCCCUGCACUGUCGACAGAUGAUGUCAGAGCUGCUGUUUGAGUGCUACCAUGUGCCGUACGUCUCCUACGGUGUGGACGGCUUGUACAGUUUCUACUACAAUAACUAUCACAGGAACAUCCAUCCACCACACACUGGCAUUGUUCUGUCCUCCGGAUACCACUGCUCACACAUCUUACCAGUUAUAAAUGGCAGGUUGGAUGCGGUGAACUGUAAGCGUGUGAAUGUGGCUGGGAGCCAGGCAGCGUCCUACCUGCAGCGCCUCCUCCACCUGAAAUACCCAGGUCACCUCGCUGCCAUCACACUCAGCCGCAUGGAGGAGCUGCUGCAUGAGCACAGUUACACUGCUGUGGAUUAUCAUGAAGAGCUGGAAAAGUGGCGCAGCCCAGACUUUUAUGAGCGGGAGGUUCACCGUAUGCAACUUCCCUUCUCGGGCAAGGUGCCAGGCGGCUGUGUGAGCGUGGAGGAGAGGCAGGAGAGGCGAGCUCAGCAGCUUCGACGGCUUCAGGAGAUCAAUGCUCGCCGCCGGGAGGAGAAGCUGCAGCAGGACCACGUGAGGCUGGACAAACUUAUGGCAGUGCAGGAACUGCUGGACGAUGGCCUGUUGGAUCAGUUUCAUAAAAGCCUGGUGGAGCUCAACAUGGACUCGGCUGAGGAGCUGCAGUCGUACAUCAACAAACUGCAGCUGGCUGUGGAACAGGGCAGACAGAAGCUGCUGCACAGUGACGGAGCAGAGGGAAAGAUGGAGGUGUCUGAGCUGGAGCAGCCGAUGGACGAGGGAGACGGAGUGAUGCUGAUGGAUCCUGACUUCCCUGAGGACACGCUGCCGGAAAAACCUGCUAAUGUGGUUCAGCCUAUGUUCAACAUGGCAGAGUACCACCAGCUGUUUGUAGGGACUGAGCGUCUGCGCUGUCCAGAGAUCCUGUUCCAGCCCUCGCUGACCGGAGAGGACCAGAUGGGACUGAUGGAGACGCUGCAGUACGUCCUUGCCAGGUACACUCCAGAGCAGCAGGAGGCGCUGGUGAGCAAUGUGUUUCUGACAGGAGGGAACAUGCAGUACCCUGGGAUGAGGGAGAGAGUGGAGAGAGAGCUGCUGGCUAUGAGGCCCUUCCAGUCACACUUCAAGGUGACCAUGGCAUCACAGCCAGCCCUGGAUGCCUGGUACGGCGCAAGAGACUGGGCUCUGGAGCAUCCACCUGGAGGAGCAGCAGAGGGAUGGAUCAGCAGACAGGACUAUGAGGAGAAAGGAGGCGAGUAUCUGAGUGAGCACUGUUCCUCUAAUGUCUUCAUUCCCAUGAAGCUCGCCAAACCAGUUGCUGCUCGCCCCGCCGAGUCCUCCAUUACCACACAGACUUCAACAGCAGCUUCUGCUGGCAUCUCCAUGAUUACGUCUGCCCUGACUCCCUCCUGCUCUACUGUUGCUGCUGAUGUUUCUAUGGUUACCUCCUAAACUCUCAGAUAUCACGUGUCUUAUUUUGUAAGUGAAAUGUUUACUUUUUGGGGCGUCGACCUUCAUUUGCUUUUUCACUUCACGUUUGUUAAGUUUCCCACCAUGCCUUUCAGCAAACCCCCAGACAACAGGUGUGAACUUAUUGUCAAAGGUCUGUUUGCUGUUUGAUUCUGAUGAACCAAAAACAAUAAGUUAAUGUUGUUAAUAUUUCACACAGCUGCAAAAUGUCCUGCUCAUGCACAUGAAAUAUCUGUGUGGCCUACUGACUGCGUUUCUCUGUGGACAUAAAAAAUACACAACCAGACAACAAUAUAAGCUCAGCUAUAUAAGAAGCAUUGUGUAUUGUUGCUUUAUGUAGUAGCAAAGUCACCGUUCAGGAAUGUUGAAUGAGAAUCCACCUGUGUGUUGUCAGUCUGCAGAGAGACACUGUCUGUUUUAUGGUUUCCCGUCACUUUUGUAACAGUUUUCUUUUAUUUUCAUUCUGCUUGAGGAAACCACAAGAGGCUGUUCAUAUUGAACAGCCAUCAAGUUAAUGCUCUUAAAAGUCCAGUUGGAAUAUUUUUCUAUCAUUAUGUAAAUAGAAUUUGCUGAUUGUGUGUUUUAAAAAAAAUUAAAAAUAUUUUCAC